AUGUCGCCGCAGCAGAAACUCACAGCAAGCCGCGUGAUCGCAAUCCCUGGCAAACCCACGCGUGACAGUGAUUUUGCUGAGUUUGGAGAGAUCGUCCACAAUCCAGCGCUUCACGAAUUGGAUGACGCCAAAUAUCAAAGCACGAGCGCCAAUCAAGGUACUGCGACCAAAUGGCUCGAUGUGUCUCGCCUGAGCAAUCACUAUAAUCUGGCGCCAUCGAAAUUCCCGGCACGAGCUGUCAUGAACAUGUUUGUUUGUGAGCCACGAGAGUUGAUACACAAAGAAGGCGCCGAUGUUCUACCAAUCAAAAUUCUUGAGCGUCACCCUUUCACUUCGCAGACUUUCAUCCCGAUCGGAGUGAGUCCUGAUGACGUCGACACCCGUUACUUGGUGGUAGUCGCUCCAACUCUGCCCACUUCCACACGCGAUGAGCCAGCAAAGGCAUCGCCGGUGUAUCCUGUUCCACAGCCGAGGCGUCGGAGAGGUCUUCUCGAGCGACUCCGGCGCGGUAGACCAAAUCUCUUCACAAAUGACUACACGCCCACGACCACGCCCCAGCCGCUCGACCGCCACGGACGUAGCAUCACGCCCAAAGGCCCUGGCGGCCCUGAUCUCGACCGUCUUCAAGCCUUUGUCCUACGUGGUGACCAAGCCGUCACAUAUGGACCGGGUACAUGGCAUGCGCCAAUGAUCGUGCUCGGUCGCCGGAUGAUUGACUUUGUGGUGGUUCAGCAUGCGAAUGAUGUGCCACUGGAGGACUGUCAGGAGAUCCUCAUUGGCGCGAAUGACGGCGGAAGUGGCCUUGUAGUGAACGUUGGU